AUGGUUCAAGAUUGCAUAGAGUUUGUUAAAAAGUGUGAAGCAUGUCAAUUUCAUGCAAACCUCAUUCACCAACCUCCAGAACCACUACAUCCAACUGUGACAUCAUGGCCAUUCGAAGGAUGGGGUCUUGACGUGUGGGCUGAAGCUAUUCCUCUUCGUGAGGUGAAAAAAGAAAAUGUUGUCGAUUUCAAUCGCACCCAUAUCAUUUACAGGUAUGGAAUUCCUCAAAGAAUCGUCACUGACAAUGGAAAGCCAUUCGUCAACAACAACCUGAUGGAUAGCCUUUGCCAAAAGUUUAAGUUCACGCAACAUAAGUCAUCCAUGUACAAUGCUCCUGCAAAUGGUCUAGCUGAAGCAUUUAACAAAACGCUUUGUAAUUUGCUAAGCAAGGUCGUUGCAAAGUCUAAGCGUGACUAG